GCUACAGCUACUGCUACGUAGGAAAUGCCAACAUAGGAAACCAAACGAGUAGUAAAAGUGUGUUUGUUUCGCUGUUUGAAUUGGUUUGUCCGCAAGUCCAGUUUCUGAGUCCCCAACUCUGCGCCCCAUUCUUGCUCUCUCUGCCUCCGCCUGCAACACCAAUAUAGAGGGAAGGCAACACACAGAAGGGAAGGGAAGAGUUAAGCCCUGCUCUUUCCAUUCCGGCAUUCAAAAAGCUUCAUAAGUAGUCUUUCAGGCAGGCACGUUCUGUUCAUUUCUGUGCUCUCUUCUUGCUGCUGCUGUUUCUCAUGAUGACAUUAGUACAUCUCUUUCCCUUCCUUCUUAUUUGACUGAAUAGUCGCACAGUAGCAGUAAGAUUUCGUUGUUGUUUCUGGGAAAACAAGAACCCUCCGCUUUUUUCUUCAGUUAAAGAUGCAGUCGUCCUCGUCCAUGGGCGAGAUCGACACCAAACCCAUCAAAUCCGUUCAGGUAGCUCUUACCCUUUUCGAAGAGAAAGGGGACAAUCAGAAAAAAUUCGCCCCCACCUGGAGUAUGAACAGCAGUACCCACUCCACCCUUGAUCAGGCAGUAGAGAAAGCAAAGGACAUGGAUGGGCUCUCAAAAGAGUUAUCAAACUGCAAGCUCCAACUUGAGGCAAAAGAUUCGGAACAAUUGCAGCUUCUUCGCAGGGUCGAGCACUACCAGAGCACAGUAGAGCAACUCACUUCUCUGUUGAAGGACUCCGAGUCCGAGAAAGAGUUCCACAUCCAACAGAACCUCGAAGCCGCCCUCCGGCUCAGCGAGCUGGGGGAUCAAGUUGCUGAGGCGGCGAAAUUAAGGGAGCAACUCUCCAACGUCCUCCACGAGCUGAAAUACAAUCAGGGCGAGAUGCUCAGGAUCCAAGCCGAGCUCGCCACGCUCAAGGAUGAGAAGAACAAGGCCCUUGCAAGGGCCAAGGCCAUGGAAUCUAUGGCGAACUCGGACAAGGGGAGAUCCGAGGAGCUGCUGAAGCAAGUGGGAGAUGCUCAAGUCGAGAUGACACUCCUGAAAUCGGAGCUCAUCAAGAUAAGAUCAAAGGCUGUUGUGGCCGAGGCGGUUGAGGCUAGAAACAAGAAGCAAGGGGGUGUUGGGUCAGUGAAACGGUCAACAACGCACAAUGUUCAGGGCAUUGUGGAAGAAGCAUCUCAAGGAAACCAUAGUACUCAUGAUGUGAAUUGUGAAGGGGGAGGAGCAGGCGGAGGAGGGAAGGUCAUGAUUUCAUUGGUUGAUUAUGAGGCAUUGGUAGAGAGAGCUUCAACGGCGAAUCAGAGUUUCUGGAAGGACUAUGAUCAGUCAGCGGUGGAGUUCAGGACUGAGUUGGGGAACCUGAAGAAAGAAUUGGAAGGUGCAUUGUCCAAGAUCGGGGACUUCAGAGCAAGGGCGGAGCAGGCAGUGACGAGGGCAGAUGUUGCGGAGAAGGCCAAAGUGGAAGUUGAGGAGGAGCUUAGGAAGCUGCGGGAAAGGAAGCAGAAGAGGAAGGCAGCGCUGGCUGCACUAAGGGAGGAAUCCUUGUCUGGAAAGUUCAGCUUCUUGCCUACUACAACUACUAGUACUUAUGCUCCUAACAAGUCGGCCAAUUCGUAUCAGCCGUUGGGUAAGAUCCUGAACCUGACUUACUAGCUAGGUUGGUUAAGGUCUUGUGUUUUGGAUUGAGAGGAAGUUGUAAGGAUAGUAGAAGCAAAUGAAACAGCAAUGGGUCUAAUGAUCUUGUUUUUGUGAAACGUAUUCUUUCUUUCUGUCUUCCCUUUUGGGAAGGAAUAUCAUGGUAUUUGAUUGGUUUAAUUUGUUCGAGUGAAGCUUUAUACAUUCCAUGGAAACAACUUAUUGAAGCA